UUCAGUUCCUUGCCUCAUUCAUCUUCCUCUUCGCACAAAGAAUCACAUGCCUGUCAAUAUCUGAUGACCAUCAUCCUCAAAUAUUCUUCUUUCCAGAAAUUACCUGCCCCGAAUUCAAAAAACUCCACUUCCCCUAUUUGAUUCUCGAGAAAGAAAAGAAACUACCAAGGGUAAGGGAAGAGAGGAAAGACAUGGGAAAACACAUCCAAAUCGCAGCGAUGAUGAGCUUUUUUCCAUAAAGAGGAUGCAUGAGCUUUCUAUGGUGCAUGGUUUUGUGGAUAUAACUAAUAGCUUGGGAGACAUGAUAAAAUUUCUGGCAAAUGAGCCAUCGGUGGGGCUUUUCUACAUUCAACAGCAUACACACAACGCAGUUCCAAAUCUCAUCAACCUUAACAGGAAAUUGGUUGCAAAAUCUCACGAGGUGAACUUACACAUGGAAGAUUUAGAGGAUUCUAUAACAAUGACAAGAUCAAUGAAAGAGUUUGGCUUUCCAGUUGCUGAAGAGAUGAGCAGAGACAUCAAACAUUCGCUUGCUGUCAUGGCAUCAAACCACCCCAAAAAGGGGUUAAUAAAUAUUCCUAGGGAGAGUUCUGCUAUUGGGCGUAUCAGUACAAGUCGUUUGUAUGGUGAUGAUAAUAACAGUGGCUCUCUUUUAAAUAUAUUGAAAUCAGCCAGGCGAAAAGCUGGAAGCUUCAAGUGGACUCAACCUGAAACCAAAGAGGAGCAUAUUCAAGUGAAGGAUGGUGGUGAGCCUUCUUCCUCAACUGUUGCAGAGACAGGCAUUAAUGAUCAGCUGAUGUCUUUUUCAAACAAGUAUGAGGAAUUUAGGGCAACAAGGGAGGCGGAAUUGGAAGAGUGGUUGGGAUGCGGGUCAGGUGAUCAGCAAGAUAAAAAUGCAGCAGAUAGAACACAAGAAGAAGAGCAAGAACAUUUUUGAAGGAUGAAAAGUCGCUCCGCUUAUGGUCGAUGGAUGGGGGGGGAGUAUAGUUGUGCGGAUUAGAUCAAAAUAUGCUAUUAGAGCUCGUAAGGCGUGUUUGGUUGGAGGGAGGCAAAAUGCUCCUCUCCCCUCGAUUGGUUUGAAGAGUUUGGAGGGAAUUGUAUCCAGCAUACCCCCGUCCGCGCCCCCAAACUCUUCAACCAAACACACCUUAUGGCAAAAAGCCAAAGACAGUGAUCUCCUCCCCUCCCUUUCAACAAACCAAACAAGAAGUUAAACAUUGAAACCCUCUCCAUCCUAUCACUUUUGUGCAUAUAUUUGCUGUGUUAGCAAUUGACUUUACAUAUUGCAUCUUUUAAAGAUAGGGUUGUGCUUGUCAAAUUUUAUAAACUUCUAUCAUAAAUUUUUUGAAUCCUU